GUGGCGCGCGGAGGGGAAAUGGCUGCCGAAAACAAGCCGGAAGGACUGAAGAGAAUGCGUAACCCAGAUCGCACGUACCGGGCUGCUGUGGGUUACGCCAGCCACGCCCCUCCUAAGGGUGUCGGUGAUGACGCAGGGGCCAACAAUGAACAUGGACAUUUGAAGAUCUACCUUCCCAAGAAGCUGCUGGAAUGCCUGCCAAAGUGCUCCUCCCUGCCCAAAGAGAGACACCGCUGGAACACCAACGAGGAGAUCGCUGCCUACUUGAUAUCAUUCGAGAAGCAUGAGGAGUGGCUCACGACCGCACCCAAAACCCGGCCACAGAAUGGGUCUAUGAUCCUGUACAACAGGAAGAAGGUGAAAUACAGGAAAGACGGCUACUGUUGGAAGAAGAGGAAAGAUGGAAAGACCACGAGGGAGGAUCACAUGAAGCUGAAAGUGCAGGGAGUGGAGUGUCUCUACGGGUGCUACGUCCACUCCUCCAUCAUCCCUACCUUCCACCGCAGGUGUUACUGGCUGCUCCAGAACCCGGACAUUGUGCUGGUCCACUACCUGAACGUGCCAGCCAUAGAGGAUUGUGGGAAGCCAUGUGGACCUAUCCUGUGCUCCAUCAACACGGACAAGAAGGAGUGGGCCAAGUGGACCAAGGAGGAGCUUAUCAGCCAGCUGAAGCCCAUGUUUCAUGGCAUCAAGUGGACUUGCAGCAAUGGGAACAGCAGCUCCGGCUUCUCGGCCGAGCAGCUGGUGCAGCAGAUCCUGGACAGCCACCAGACCAAGCCGCCCCCCCGGACCCACAACUGCCUCUGCACAGGCACCCUGGGUGCUGGCAGCAGUCUGCAUCACAAGUGCAACAGUGCCAAACACCGCAUCAUCUCCCCGAAGGUCGAGCCCCGUACGGGAGGAGCCUACGGCAGCAGCCACUCCGAGGUGCAAAACAGUGACGUGUCCGAGGGGCAGACAGAUCAUGGCCACGGGACCGCCAAGACCCCCCGGGCCGCAGCCGACGGGAAGCGGAACGGCAAGGUCCCCAAACCGGCUCUGCUCCAUCAGAACAGCAUGGAGGUGUCCUCCACCAACCAGGUGGAGGUGCCCGACACCACCCAGAGUUCCCCCGUCUCCAUCAGCAGUGGGCUAAACUCCGACCCGGACGUGGCCGACAGCCCCGUCGUGACCGGCAUGGGUCACGUGGCCUCGGUCAUGAGCAGUCUGUCGCAGUCCGCCACCGUCUUCAUGUCGGAGGUCGCCGGGGACCCCGUCUACAGCAUGUCCCCGAGCGGCGACCCUGGCGCUCGCCUCCUCGGUCCUGACGCAGCCUCCGGCAGCCUGGUGCUGGCUGUCACCUCUGACACCCACAAGUUCGCUUUCCCGGGGGCUGUGAGCGUCGGGCUGGGCGACGUGGGGUCCGGCGAAGGUCUGGCCAUGCUCUCGGCCGCCAGCGUGUCCGAAGAGCUCGCCUUGUCCAGCAGCUUGGAGUCGGGGAGCAUCAAGCUUCCCGAGACCACCAUGAACUUUGACCCAGACUGCUUCCUGAACAACCCCAAGCAGGGCCAGACGUACGGCGGGAACGGGAUGAAGACGGAGAACGGCGCCACCAGCAGCUGCAGCAACGGUGGCGUGGGCUGCUCUCCGCCGCUCGCCGACAACAACUUCGCUUUCGACGCUGCGCUCGUCGAGAACAUCAAGACGGAGGACACGUCGUUCGAGCAGCAGCUGGCCAAGGACGGAGGCUACCAGGUGGGGGAGAUGGUGAGCAGCGGGGGGGGCCUCUCCAGCUCCUCCACAGCGGUCACAGCCCAGAGCUCCCUGGCCCUGACGGCCACCGGCUCGCUGCUGCCCUCCGGCGGCGGCUUGAGCCCCAGCACCACUCUGGAGCAGAUGGACUUCAGCGCCAUUGACGCCAAGCAAGACUUCUCCUCCAGCGUGAUGUCGGCGGCGGGCUACGGCCAGACCUUGGCCCAGCAGGGCCACUCGCCCAGAUUCUACCUGCAGGGCUCCCCGCAAUCCACACAGAGCCAGGCCCACCAGAACAGCGGCGGAGCCGCUCCGAGCUCCCAUGACUCCUAUAUGGGCCUGUCUGUGGUGAAGACUGACUCCACCAACGCCAACGGGCACCUCCACCUCCACCACCUCCACCAUGCCCAUCAAGGCCAGCACGCCGCCUCCACCUGCAACGGCAGCUCCCCCGCUGAGAGGUGCGGUCAGGGUGGUGCGCUCCAGCUCAUGCGGUACCCCAACCGCUUCUCCAGCAAGGAACACGAGGAGGCGGAGCGUCUGGAGAGGCCGGCCAGCCGCGAGGCCGCAGAAGGCCAGGAGGAGGAGAGAGACCCGCGGCCUCGUGUGGGCAACGAGGCCGAGGGCAGAGGGGCCACUGAGCGCUACCUCCGCCAGGCAGAGAGCAGUGGCCUGGGGCCGGGCGGCGGAGCAGCGGACGCGGGCGCCGGAGGCGGGGCCCUGUGCAACGGCACCGAUGGCAGCGGUGUGACAGGGAGCCCACAGCAGCCUCUACAGCCGCUCCUGCAGGGCACGGGCCUCGUCCAGGGGCUGUUCGGCACCGUGGCAGCCCACCAGGGCCUUUCCUCCGGCGGGACCGCCGGAGGUGGCACCAUGGAGAUCAACCUGGACCACUUCGACGUCUCCUUCGGGAACCAGUUCUCGGAUCUCAUCAACGACUUCAUAGCGGUGGAAGGGGGCAGCGUGGCGGGCGUGGGGGCACAGGCAGGCACCGCGCUCUACAGCCAUCAGCUGAUGGCCCACCCAGGCGCAGAGGGCCAGGUCUCCACGGGAACCCCCCCACAGCAGGACAGCGAGGAGGGCGGCGGGUACGGCUCGGCCGACCUCUGCCUCCAGGCCUGCUGCAGCCCCCGGACGGCCCGGGCCGGCCCGGGGCCCGGGGAUGCCGCGCAGCUGGCCUACAUGCAGGUGGAGGAGGCGGUCUCGGCCGCCGUGGCUCAGGAGGCCCUGGGGUUACUACAGGCCACCGGGAGGGUGUUCGUGGUGACGGACUACUCGCCCGAGUGGUCUUAUCCUGAGGGCGGAGUGAAGGUUUUGAUCACAGGCCCAUGGCAGGAGGCAGACAGUGACUACUCCUGCCUCUUUGACCAGAUCACAGUGCCAGCCUCCCUCAUCCAGCCAGGGGUACUACGCUGCUACUGCCCAGCUCACGACACGGGCCUGGUGGCUCUUCAGGUGGCAGCCAGCAGCCAGAUCAUCUCCAACUCUGUGGUGUUCGAGUACAAGGCCCGUGCACUGCCGGCACUGCCAACCUCGCAGCACGACUGGCUCUCACUGGACGAUAACCAGUUCAGAAUGUCGAUCCUGGAGCGGCUGGAGCAGAUGGAGCGCAGGAUGGCGGAGAUGGCCAGCCAGCAGCAGCCUGGGGGUGGGGCAGCGUCGGAGAGCGGCGUGACAGAUGGAGGCAGGAGCGGAGUAGGUGACGGACGAGGCAGCUCUGACCAGUCCCAGUUCUCUACUGGCCCAGGCCAGACCCAGGCGGGAAGCUCCUUCGAGAGCCGCGUGGUGGUGGUGUGUGAGAAGAUGAUGAACCGCACCUGCUGGGCCAAGUCCAAGCACCUGAUCCACUCCAAGACCUUCCGGGGCAUGACCCUGCUCCACCUGGCGGCUGCCCAGGGUUACGCCACGCUCAUCCAGACCCUCAUCAAGUGGCGCAACAAACAUGCGGACAGUAUCGACCUGGAGCUUGAAGUGGACCCCUUAAACGUGGACCACUUCUCCUGCACGCCCCUGAUGUGGGCCUGCGCUUUGGGGCACACAGAGGCUGCCGUGGCUCUCUAUAAGUGGGAUCGACGCGCCCUGGCUAUCCCCGACUCUCUGGGCCGGUUACCGCUGGCAACAGCACGAUCCCGUGGCCACACGAAGCUGGCAGAGUGUCUGGAGAAUCUUCAGAGGGAGGAACAGCAGCAGCAGCCUGCCGGGACUACAACUCCCAACAUGCCGUUCCCCCAAUCUGCUGAAAGCUCCACAACAGAGGGAUGGAUGGACGUCUGGAGCAGUGAGUCUGCCCCAGUCGGCCUGAGAGGGAGCAGCAUGGCAGCCUCUGCCUCCAGCGCAAAUCCAGAUUUGAGGAGACCCAGAUCUGAACCUUCCGGUUUCUACCCCAACGAUAGCCAAGGGGACGCUCCAUUAACGAAGAAACACAAGCCAAACCCCCAGAGCCUCCACCCACGGCAGGGCAAGUUCACCUCAGACGAGCAAGUUCUCCACACGCCAGCGUGCUCUCCUAAACGGCCCCUGGAGGGCGGCGUGGACCAGGAGGCGGGCAGGGCGGAGCCGUCUCAUGCCAAGCUGGCCUCAGCCUGUGGAGCCGUGCGCUGGGGCGCGAGACAGGCCCUGGGACAGGCUGCGGGGCGCAGAGGGCCGGUCACAGGGUUCGCUAAAGAGAGGCUGGCCUGCAGGCUGAGGUUGAGGGAAGCGGGUGGAGCAGGGACCGUCUCUGAGCUUCUGGCCAGCCAGGAGGGCAUGGACAACCCUGGAGACCUGCAGACCAACAUCAUGACCCUGGCCGAGCACAUCAUCGAGGCCACUCCAGAUCACAUCAAGAGUGAGAACUUUGUAUCUGCAGAGGCUGUAACCCUGGACAGCGUUGGGGUGAACAACACCAUGAGCUGGCUGGCUACUUACCUCGGAGACGCAGAAAGGUUCCUGCACAGUGAGCCCCUGGCGCCCCCUGCCGGCGUGGCGCAGCCCGAGUCGGACGGCCCUCUCGGAAGACUCACCCUUCCUUCUCCGGCCGACUGGAGCGCUUUUCUCAACGCCUCCCACAGCAAAGAGGAGCAGGACCUGGCCCGGCUGGCACUGUCCGACCACGAGCAGAGAGAGCUGUACGAGGCGGCCCGGCAGGUCCAGAGUACCUUCCGCAAGUCUAAGGGGCGUCCACUGAGAGAACAGCAGGAGUUGGCAGCUGCUGUUAUCCAGCGCUGUUAUAAGAAAUACAAACAGCUGACCUGGAUCGCCUUGAAGUAUGCACUUUAUAAGAAGAUGACGCAGGCCGCCAUCCUGAUCCAGAGUAAAUUCCGCAGCUACCACGAGCAGAAGAAGUUCCAGCAGAGUCGCCGCGCAGCCGUGCUGAUCCAGCAAUACUACCGCAGCUACAGGGAGCUGGGUCGCCCUGCCGCGCACACACACGCCGCAGCCGCGGCGGUCCUGGUGCAGCACAAACUCAGAAGUGGUCUACUGACCAAGCGUCAGGACCAGGCCGCACGGAAAAUACUGCGAUUCCUGCUGCGAUGUCGCCAUAGCCCCUUGGUGGACCAUAGACUGUACAAACGGGGUGAAAGAAUUGAGAAAGGCCAAGGAACAUGAGCGCUGGCACGCGAGCAGCUCCCCCGUGUAACGCCCCCGUGUAACGCCCCCGUGUAACGCCCCUUCCAGACUCUCUCCUUCCCCUUCUUGUUUUUACCACAGACGAACUAUUUACAAAAAGGCUACAAGACUCUUCAACUGAAAGAUGGAGGCCAGAAGACAGUAGGACAUACUGUGCUCGCGUUUCUGACGGUAGAUCAGUCCAUCCUGUCGAUACUGCUACUGCCACUCUUGUGUUAUUUUUCCUCUCCACUGAGGGACAUGGGAAAUUGUGCUUAAAUGAAGAUGAUAUCGGGGAAAUAUCUUCAUGCCAUUUUUGCACUCUUCAUAGAUUGUUGGGGGGGGGGAUUGUUGUUUUUGUUAUUGAGAAAAAAUGUUGAAGACUGAUCGCCAUGGAGAUGAAUGGAGGCUGUUUUUCCCCUAACAGAGAGGACUACAUGACCAUUGCAUUAACUUCAUCACACUGGACCUUGCUCAAGAUGAUUACAUUUUUAUAUUUUCAAAGAAAGACAAACAAUCAGUUUGAACAAAAAAAAAAUGAACAAAAAAAAAAAAAGCCCACAAAAACUGACAAAACCAAACCCCCCCCCCAAAAAAAAGACGUCAUCUCACUGACCACGUGCAUGCAGAGUUUUCAGUCAGCUCAGUGUAUCAUCCUUCCACCCUGCAGAGGGCUGCAGACGUAGACGGGGUCUAGUCAAAGAUUAUGGUUUUAAAUAUCAGUGUCUUACUUUGUGUGUUUUUGGAGAGAGGGGUGUGUGGUGGUUUGGAACAGACUGGAAUCCCUGUAGGGGGUCUGUUUGGUGUGCACUCUUUCCACUUUCUAAGUGAGUCCCUUUCUUAAUGUGCCCUUUUGCUGGCCUGCCUUCGUGAGUCCUGUGUUUGCUGAAUCUACUCUGGAAACAGUGCAUGUGUUUGAGCUCCUGCAUGUUUUCAUUCGAUGCUCUUUCUUGGCGUUGAGUCUAUUGUGACGUAGUUGUCCAUGCUCACAUUAGCUCUCACCCUUCCUCCUGUCCUGUAAUUAUGCAGGUGAUCAUUUAGAACCCUCCUACAUUUUGAUUUAUAUUUUUUAUUGACUUUCUGAUUUUUUUUUAAUAGUUGUCUUAAACUCAUAUAUGCUACCCGUUGUGCCACAGAAACAAUAUUUUUGCUAAGUUUUCCCACGUUUGUUGGUUGUUUUGUGCACUUUUUCAGUGCUCCUCACUGUGGCGGUAGGUUCAUUUGGAGUUCUCCAGAUUCCCUCAGCAUUGCCUUGACUUCGCAGAGAUGUUUCAGAAGGCUCCCUAUACACAAACUCCAAGUGAAUCCAUAUUUUUGACUAUUGCGUGGUCCUUUGUACAUAAUGAUAAUGUGGGAAGGUCACAGAGAGCCAGAACCCUUAAUCUGAAGAGGAUUGUAUUUAAGAAUAUAUAUUAUUUUAUUCAUAAAAAGGGAUAAUAACAUGAUAAGAGACAAAAAAAACAAAAACAAAUAUAUUGUAUAGUUUUGUCUGAAUGCCCAAGAUGUAUGGAUGUACUGUUUGUAAAUAAUGUAAAUACCUGGUGAAAGCAGGAACCAUGUGCAUGAAACUUUAAAGACAAUGACACAGAACAUAAUAGAAAACAAUGUAGUGGCUAUGGUCUGUACACACAUGGAUUCACACAGUUUCACUAAAAGAGACUUUUAUUUGGGACGUUCUUAAAAAGGACAUUUACUAUAGCAUGACUAGGUUGCUAAAUCAUGUUGAAACAUACAGAGUUGGGGAGACCCAGAAACCCUAUCAAGUACAACCUCUUUAUAUGAGAUUUACAUUCUCUUUGCAGGCUACCAAGAGUUCAUUAAGAAUUUAAUUCUGUUUUGCCAAUGGUGCCGAGUUACCUGGAUUACAUCACUAAAUGGGAAAUUCCGAGAUUACCUUUAAAGGAACAGAUGAUCGCAGUGUAAAAGAAGUAGAACAUUACCUGAAUUACAUCACCUGCAAGGUCACCUGGUAGAGGAGUCCACUGUGCACAGAGAAGGAGGGCCAUCACCUUAGGGUCAACACAAGGACAGACAUACACCUGGACAGAGGUCAACUGAAACUGUCCCUAAAAUAAUGUUUCAUACCGUGAAUGAAAGAUGAGGGUUAGGGUUGAAAAGGUUUGAUGGAUAUACUAACGUCCCAUCAGUUUGUAGGAGAAGAUUUGAAGAUGGCAGAACCUGGAAUCUCCCCCCACAUUGGAAAGUACACAUGUGAGAGUGGUGUUUAUGAGAGUACACGUGUGAGAGUGGUGUUUAUGAGAGUACACGUGUGGGAGAGGUGUUUAUGAGAGUACACGUGUGGGAGUGGUGUUUAUGAGAGUACACGUGUGAGAGUGGUGUUUAUGAGAGUACACGUGUGGGAGAGGUGUUUAUGAGAGUACACGUGGGAGUGGUGUUUAUGAGAGUACACGUGUGAGAGUGGUGUUUAUGAGAGUACACGUGUGGCAGAGGUGUUUAUGAGAGUACACGUGUGAGAGGUGUUUAUGAGAGUACACGUGUGGGAGAGGUGUUUAUGAGAGUACACGUGUGGGAGAGGUGUUUAUGAGAGUACACGUGUGAGAGUGGUGUUCAUGAGAGUACACGUGUGGGAGAGGUGUUUAUUAGAGUACACGUGUGGGAGAGGUGUUUAUGAGAGUACACGUGUGGGAGAGGUGUUUAUGAGAGUACACGUGUGAGUGGUGUUCAUGAGAGUACACGUGUGGGAGAGGUUUAUUAGAGUACACGUGUGGGAGAGGUGGUUAUGAGAGUACACGUGUGGGAGAGGUGUUCAUGAGAGUACACGUGUGGGAGAGAUGUUUAUGAGAGUACACGUGUGGGAGAGGUGUUUAUGAGAGUACACGUGUGGGAGAGGUGUUUAUGAGAGUACACGUGUGGGAGAGGUGUUCAUGAGAGUAUACGUGUGGGAGAGGUGUUCAUGAGAGUACACGUGUGAGUGGUGUUUAUGAGAGUACACGUGUGGGAGAGGUGUUUGAGAGUACACGUGUGGGAGAGGUGUUUAUGAGAGUACACGUGUGAGAGUGGUGUUUAUGAGAGUACACGUGUGGGAGAGGUGUUUAUGAGAGUACACGUGUGGGAGAGGUGUUUAUGAGAGUACACGUGUGGGAGAGGUGUUCAUGAGAGUACACGUGUGGGAGAGGUGUUCAUGAGAGUACACGUGUGGGAGAGGUGUUUAUGAGAGUACACGUGUGGGAGAAGUGUUUAUGAGAGUACACGUGUGGGAGAGGUGUUUCCAGGUCAGCCUACCAAAACUACCAGUGUUCAGCACAGUGAAGGCGAGAUGAAAACUUGUUUCUGCUGGAUGGGUUACUCAGUUUUGUUAAGGUCACCAAAAACUAGAGUUUUCAUAUCUACCUUUUCAGACAGAGAAACAAGAAAAAAGCAUUACAUACAAAGACAAUCCUGUGUUACGUUAUACUAUUUACGGAUCUUGAAAUAUUCUUCACACUCCGCCUCAGCCGGUUUGCUUAUCCAGGCUCCUAAAUCAGAUGAACUGCGUUGGGAACUUGACCUGCAGUAGGCCACAAUCUUUGGACGAAUCGCACGCUCCCAGACCACUUCACACGAGCAUCUUACAGCGUGAGACUAGAUCAGUGGUUAACGUGGCUCAGUGCUAACGCUAAUACAUUCACCUUACUGAGAGGCCUGCAGUGUUCCUGCACUACUGAGCUACAGCUGAUCAAGACCAUCUAUUCUGUCCUUCUCUUAAACAUCUAGUUACAAAUAAUUUUUUUCUCAGCCUGAAGGUCUUUCAGUUUUGUAGGAACAGACCCCGUGUUUCCCAGUCAUGACAUCAUGGUGAGUUAUUAAUUAUUUGGUGGUUUAUGUUGUAUUGGCACUGAAGUUUCUUGCAAGGGCUCCGGUUAAGCAAUGUGGAUUUUUGACAGGUUGGACAAGAAGACUCUUAGGAUAAAUGUACGAUCUAAGUACUCAGAUACGAGAAGGGUCAUUUUUACACAACACCAGCAGCUACGUUCUGUCUGAAUGGUGCUCAUUUGCAGUUUUAUGGCUUAUUUCUACUUCAGGUUUAUUCUCCUGUUUCAUUCUCUACACAGUAUUUCUGUUUUCUGCUUAUUUGACCUUUUCAUUGUUAUUAUAGCAGAGAUUUGAUAUCAGUAUUGUAGAAAGUGCCUAAAACAUCGUGUUCCGAGGAAGCGAUUUCAGGAGUGUGUUGCAUACAGAAGCUCAGUGUUGACUGAUUCCUCAUUUUCAGUUUGUUGUUUGGCUUUUAUCUUUUGGGGUUCUGUUUCCUUAAACGUGUGAAUAUGCAAGACUCAACACUCGUUUGGUUGUUUGAACUAUAGUUAGAAUAUUCCACUGUGGCGCAGGUCUGUCCUCCUCCUUCAACCUUAACCCUUCCCUAAAUGGAAGGCAAGUUUAACCCAUCUGUUUCUCAGACACAUAACCAGUGCCAGCUAACAUGGAGUUAGAGAGAUGUGUAAGUGUAUGAGGUAUUUGCAUGAGAAUCAGAUUUUGGGUAAAAUAAUAUUCCCCUUAGCAUGUUGUUUUCAUGUCAGAUGUCAGCUAGGACAGUAGAAUAGGACGUGUUCCUUCAUGCUAAAACAGAAAUGCUAGUUUUAUAUCACAGAGCAGUUUCUUCUUCUUUGUUAACGUCUGGUAGGAGCAGCAGGAGCUGGGUUGUAGUAGGAUCCUUUCACCUCCUCCAAACAGUAAUGUGAUCGGAAGCAUUUCUUGACUUUGCUGUUCCUUGUAGUCAAAUUAUGUUCUUCCAA